UGCUGCUGCCUUGAACACACCUCCAGCAGGUGCUUUCACUUGGAGAUCAGUUUGCAGUUGUGCUUUAGGCUGUGUGCAUAGGCUAAGUUGGAUUGUCCUCCAGGGAGUCUAGGAGGGCCCCAGUCCCAGCACAGACUUCAGCACUAGUGCAUUUUGUGUUGGACACUGGUGGAGUGUGACACAGGAUCAAACAUUUUCACCUCCCCACCAGACCAUCCUCUCAUUGGUGGCAGUUAUGUCAAAUUCUGUCAGAAGUUUACCAGACGACUCACUGUAUCGACCCCGGAUGGCAUUGACAGGCGACUCCCUCUGUCAGUUGGAUCGUACCAGAUGCCCUGGAUGGGACUUGGACAAGACCAAAGCCAGUAUGAACAGUGCGGAGCAUACCAGUAUACCAAGUCUGUACCUGUCCUGCUUCGACAUGCUACUCACACAGGACACUCACUGUUUGGCCAAAGUGUCUGAAGCAUCUCCGACCUCAGCAGCACCCAUGCCUUUGCUGGAGCUGAGAGAUGAGCCCGAACAGUGUCCCAUCAUUGACAGUCAGGAGCAGGGACUGUCCCCCUGUGGUAUAGAGGAGCAGGAAGAGGACCGCUCACUGGAGCAAGUGCAGAGCAUGGUGGUAGGCGAAGUACUCAAAGACAUCGAAACAGCCUGCAAACUUCUCAACAUCAAUCCAGACCCCUUUGAGUGGAAUUCCAGUCAUGUUCAGAAGUGGCUGUUGUGGACAGAGCACCUCUAUAGGUUGCCUCACGCAGGAAAAGUUUUCCAAGAGCUGUCGGGGAAAGACCUCUGCGAUAUGAGUGAAGAGGAGUUUCGACAGCGAUCCCCCCACUGUGGAGACACUCUACACGCUCAUCUGGAUAUUUGGAAGUCAGCUGCUUGGAUGAAAGAACGAUGCACAGUGACAGAAACCAAAGUCACUGCGGGACUGUGGUCUGAGGCAGACUCUUCCUCUUCAGGACAGCCCAUUCAUCUGUGGCAGUUUCUUAAGGAACUUCUUUUAAAACCACACAACUAUGGACGUUGUAUCCGCUGGCUAAACAAAGAAAAAGGUAUUUUCAAAAUAGAAGACUCCGCUCACGUGGCCAGACUCUGGGGCCUUCGGAAGAACAGACCGGCCAUGAACUAUGACAAGCUAAGCCGCUCCAUCCGCCAGUACUACAAGAAGGGCAUCAUCCGCAAACCAGACGUGUCCCAGAGACUGGUAUACCAGUUUGUCCACCCAGUGUGAGAGAUGAGGUACAAAGUGAAAGACUAUGAGGAGAGAGACCAAGAAUGCACUGACCAACCCAAACAUACUGCAAUAUAUACUGUAUAGUAUAUUAUAAAAUAAAAAGACAUUGCAAAUAGACCAAAGAUGGGUCUGAAGUAACACCGACCUAUACUUGUGUACCAAUACUUUGUAAUGGCUUUGGCUGAAUAUGUUUUCAAUCAUAGUUGUAAUCAGGGGUGUAGUAAAAAAUUCUGGACCCUGGGUACAAAUAAUCUUGGUGGGCCCGUCCGUAUUACAUGUUCUCUAUUUGAAAAUGGCAUUACAGAUUUUGUGAAGAGCCCCUCUCUGCACUGGGCCCUGGAAAACAGUACCCUUUACCCCAGACGUCCCUGGUUGUUGUUGUGCAACAACAAUCAAUUUAAACACUGUGGGCAAGUGAAUAAUGUAGUUCAAAGUAAUUAUGCAUAUAUUGUGUUAUAUAGAUUUAAUACACAUAAAUUAAAACAUGUAUGUUUUAUAUAUAAUCC